AUGAAUUACAAUAACAGCUAUGCCGACAGCAACAUGCACGGCAGGCGAAAGGUGAACAAUGCCAAGGAGAAGGAACAGGAGUCAUGGAGUAGCAUGAAUUACGUGAGGAAUAGCCAAAUGAAUUUGGCUGGUAGGUCUGGCAUGGACACCAUGAUGGGACAUAGAACGUACACGGACGCGUCGCCAAGUGAAAGUAACGUGGACAGGGGUCUGCACGUCGGUCCGGCCAUCUACAGCCUGGACGGGGACGGAGGUCACGUCGGGGGCAAUGUGAGUGGCGCAAAUUUGCAGCACAACUUCCUCAACCCCAACGACCUGGGCGCGGCCAGUGCUGCGCCACCCAGUUAUGUCAACGCGCACCCCGUAUGGGGUAGCAAGCGGAGCGAGUUCUACGCGCCAAGUGAAGUGAGUCACUCCGCUAGCGGUGGAAUGUACCCCACAUCAGGAGGCCCCUUCCACCCCGGCGGGUCAAGCGCGAACCCUAAUUUUCAAAACACGAACAAGGUUCCCAGCCAAGAAGGCAGAAGGGACGGCAUGUACCCACACCAUGUGGGGGCGAAGAACGAAGCGCAGGGAGCAGACAAUCGUCUGCACUUUGUAAAUGGAAGCAUGUAUAACCAGCAGGAAAUGAAGACGCAGGUACUUAUCCCGUCUCAACCAUUUAAAGCAGACAGUAGCAACAUGAGUUGCAGCCAAGUGAGUACAAGUGCCUUCCCCCAGUCGGAGCGAUGGAGCAACAGGACAGACGACGUGGAGCCCAAACCGAGCAAAGGGAUCAUGCAUAACAUAUUUGAAAGUCUAACAAACACAGUACAAACAAAUGAUCCUAUUAAUAAUAUAAUGAAACAGAAAGUUGCUAACAUGGUUAUGAAUGAGAUUGAAAAAAAAAUUGAAAGUCAUGACACCAGCUUUGUUGGAAAUAAAUUGUCCCUACUGAGAGGGUACUUUGAUGUGACUCAUUCUUAUGUGGUAAAUAAAAUAUUAUUCAUUCUGGUACCUUAUGUGUACAUACGGAAGGCUCUGUGUGAGUCCAGGACUUAUUAUGUAUAUACUCACUUGGAGAGGAUGAUCGGGAGUGGUCGUCACCACAACAAGAACUACACCUCUGCAUUUUCAUUUAAUAAGGGAGCUUCCCAGGCCUAUUCGCAUAGCACGGAGGAGAGCACUAGUCUUGUGAAGGGGGGCGCAAGUAGCCCCUUUGCUCAUAACCAGAGUUUUUUCUUUGACCCCAAAAAGGGCGCAGGGGGGGUCGGCAGCAUGGGAAGUGGCUUGAGCGGGGUUAGCGGUGUGAGCGACGUUGGCGGAGUGAAUGGGGGAAGCAGUGUAGGUGGUGGUGCAGAUACACAGCGAGGGAACCCCGGGAGACACAACUCAAACGAUAUAAAUUACAUCGACUACAGUAGUAAUAUGGGUAUUUUCAAAGCGGACCUGUACAUACCACUCAUGUCGAGCAUCACAUACAUCCUUCUGUAUACCCUAACAAUCACAGCUCAAAAAAAUAAUUUUGUAUUUAACCCGGACAACCUCUUCAACAUAACAUCUUAUGUUUUUCUCCUGCUCUUCUUCGAAACAGCAAUUAUUAAAUUCUUGUUUUUGCUCACAUGCCGGGAUAUUAACCUCUCCUUUUUGCACAUCCUCUCCUUCAUUUCAUACAAGUUUGUAAUUCUGUGUGGGUUAAUAAUAACCAAAUUUUUCUUUUACCUGUUACACUUUACAUGUGCUUCUUUAUACGGGAUACCAGAAGACAUGCAGGGCAAAGAUGAGUCGAAUGCGAAUGUGUUAGUGAACAAGAGCCCACACAAUGCCUUCAAGAGUAUGAGUGCACCCCCGUUGUCGAGCUUUAGCCCGUACAAUGUCGUCCUGUUUCUAAAUAGCCGGACCAUGUAUCGGUUGACACAGAUUUACUUUUACGUCACAGUCAGUGUGCAGAUGAUGCAACUCUUUAAGUCCAUUCACCUGUACGUGCACGAUGACUCCAGCCUCUCCAAUCACCUAAACAUAAAGCGGAUUAACGUGUUGAUCCUCAUUUUUUCUCUGUCCCAAAUUUUUUUGUGCUGGAUUUUGACUCCCUACUUCGCCUGA